UCCGCGCCAAUAUGUUCCCAACCACGCACGCCUCGAACGACAUUGGUAGCUUGCUACGGUUGAUGCCGCAAGCCCCAGCGCCCAGCCCGCACGGUUCCCCCCGCCGAUUGGCAGCGCCGCACGAUGACGCUGACGCCGGCCCCGGCGGCGAGGGCCGUGCGCCCCAUCGUGACCAAACGGCGCCGACGCACACGGUCGUGUUCUUCCCUCCGGUACUGGGUGGUAACAAGCCGCGCCCCGGCCGCGGCCUCGUGCUCGACAAGAAGUGGGCGGUCACGUCCAAAUUCACGGCGGGCACCUCUGUUGACAUGAUCGGCGCGUGCGGCGGCCUGCUCUGCCUCCUCGACGUCCGCCGCGGCGCCGUCCAGGUCUCCAACCCCGUCACCGGCGAGUCGCUCGACCUGCCGCCGCCGCCGUGCACGAGCACGCGGCACGACCCCCGCGCGUACUGCCUCGGCUUCGACGCGACCACGAGGAGGCACAAGAUCGUGCACCUCCCCAGUGACUACAAGAGCGCGAGUUCCGCUUCCACGGGGAAGGGGGUGGUGUACGUGCUCAGGGUAGGGGGCAAGUACUGGAGGCCCGUACGUGCACCUGGUGCCGCGUGCUGCCUGUCCACGGGCGGCACCGUCUACGGCGACGGCGCAGUGUACUGGCUCACGCAUUACAAGGUGGCCAUGACCAGGCUCGUUCGCUUUGAUCUGAGCGAAGAGGUGAUCACGUCGGUCGAGCUCCCGCCGUUCGACGGCCAACAGAGGCCGCUCUACUGCCGGCUGAUGGACGCGGACGCGAGGCCGUGCGUGAUCACCAGCCCGAGGCACGACCCGACAUCGGGCAAGCCAUUCGACGCGUCCAACGACAACAUGGGCAUGUGGCGCCUCGGCGAGGACGGGCGGUGGGCCCGCCCGUGCGUCGUGCAGCUGCGUCGCCUGCUGCGGCACGUGCCGGGGCCGCACGCCGUGCACCGGGAACACCUGCUGCUGCAGGGGGAGGACGGGGCGUUGUACGCGCACAGGAUCAAGGGGAGCGGAGUGACGAGGGUCGAGCACGCCGGGGAGAAGGUGCUGGUCGAAGGCUCAUCUCGAUGCAGGGGCGGCGCGAAGACGCCGGCCGACGCAGCUGCUCCGUGUCGUGGAGGCGGGGACCGUGCGCGCGUCAAGAGGGAGUCGGUAGUCCCGAUCAUGGGCAUUAUAGCACUACCGUGUUACCGUGACCGGCUGAAGAAGAGCGACGGUGAGAGGGUUGAUCACCACGGGGAAAAGGCUCGAGCCGAUAGCCCGGCAUGCGGAGGAGGGCGGGACGUUGUCCGCACAUUCGGCUACGUUGAGCCCGUGUCGACGGUUCCUUUGGCGUAGUGCCUGGGGCUAGGUGCGUCACGUUGGACGCUGCCUCACGGGCGGGUGGGCAGCGUCUCCCGCUGCCGCACUGCACACGCCUUGGAACGGCAAACGGAGAGAUGGGCGGGUGCUGCUGCAGGACGCCGGCGGCCUAUACGCUCACAGGGUCAGGAGCAGCAUUGCAGAGCCCUGAACUUGGAGGUGGGAAGCCGCUAGUUGAAACUGGCGACGAAGAGGAGCCGGCCGAGAGCAGCUGCUUGUGCGGCCGGUGCCGUGACCUUCUACAAGGAGCCGGCGGCCUUGGUCAGUGAUCACAGCGGUAAUGUAAGCACGCUUUGGCUAGGCCUCGCCGGUGGUUCCUGCGCUCCAUUGAGCAACACGCAGGACCAGAAGAAUCACAGAAGUAGCAGGCAGCUUCAUAAAUCAUCUCAGCUGAUACCAGCUUUUCUUAAGAUUGCCGAGAAAAAAAGAUUUAGACUAGUCACCACUAAGAUUGUAAUCCAUACAAUU